GAAGUCAUGACUACUGCUUGUUCUUAUCUUGAAUUCACAACCCCGAACAGACCAUAUAAUGAUUAAUGUGAAAUGUUUAUUUUAGGGGACAGAACUACAUGUAUACUGCACAGCAAACGACUACCAGAUCCAACAUUCGACCAACAAACAAACAAGCACUUGUGAAAACAUCUCUUGAGACAAACAACUAGCCUCCUUUGCAGACCCUUUGGGUGGUUCGGCGUUGAUUUUUUGAUUCCCAGAAAAGUUCGAUGACGCAGCCAUAAAAGCUCCUAGUCUGUAUCCUUGGUGUAACCAAGGAGGACUCUGCUGUCUAGGGUUAUAACUGGCCCUCUCCGCUAGGAGUCCGGUCGGAUGCUGGGCGGGCUACUACAAGCGAGAUUAAAAAUCUCAAAAUCAGCGAACACCGGCCGCACCCAGAAGACUGAGGCUAAUAAACAAUACCUGUUGACGUUGGUUGUCAAGGCAACGUCAUUGUUGCCUCUUAGGCCUACAGACUGCUGGUCGUAACGUCAGAACACGUCAUAAACCUGGAACACCUUUCUGCCAUUUUUUAUCUCAUUCUGUCAGAAAGGUCUUUGCUGCAAAACUCUAACGUUAGGUUCUAGAACACCUUAGCGCAGAUUUUUAGUAUGAUGCAAAGUACAGAGGUAAAGGCGAACUACACUUUCCAAGAGCCCGUACCCCUGAGACGAGCACGUGGAACUGUACUGGAAGAGAUCCAGACGGAAACACUGAAACUGCAAUACUUUUCACAUGAGUAUGGCGAGGUUCCCAUUCUCUUCGGCUACUUGAGCGUCCGCUCGCAGGAUGAGACAGAAGACGUCAUCAACCGCAUUUUGGCAAUGUUUGAGGAGGAAAAAGUCAUUUUGCUUGCGGAACGAAGAGACGGCCCGGUCGGUCCGCGUACCUACCUCCACUCCAAGUACUCCGACCUCCUCAAACAGGCCUGCUGCUGUUGCUGGAAAUUUCAAUUGGAUCAAAACAACCCAUUGGUCAAGCGGGUUCUGACGUUCGACGUUCUCCAUAGCGACGAGAAUACGAUUUCGCGUCUGAUUCGCGUCAUCAACGACAAGACUAAUGGGUAUAAUCUGGGCCUCCUGACGCGCUGGUACCUCAGGCAACUUCAGAAGAAGUUCAAGUACUUCGUAGGGGUGGCGGCGAACACCUGGUUUGAUGACAGAUUGGGUGAGAGGCUACGACUGGUCAAUCAGUUAGAGUCACCUUGGGAGUUCAGCUACUUGCACCUUGCCUCCUUUUGUACCCACCCGAAGCUGAUCGCCUUGCUCCUCCGGCACGGUGCGGACCCGGACCGCGGAUCACCCCGCUUCGGUCGGCGGUGCCCAGUGGAGUACCUCUUCCUCGCUAUGUGCUGGGACGUGUACAAGGGUCGUGAUGACUGUGCCUCCCGUGUCCGGCGCUGCCUACGGAUCUACUGCCGAGCCAUGCCGAAGAUCCCGCUACAGAUCCCGUCCUUCCAUGACCCGAGCGACUCGGACAGCGACUCGGAGCCGGACCUGCUAGCCGUGCCGCACGCCCGGUGGAACUCUUGGGUGCCCCGGAACAGGUGCACCAACCCCUGCGAGCUCAAACACCUCUGCAGGUGUCUCAUCAGAAAGCUUCUGCAGGACAACGGAGUACUGCCAGGGGGCGUUUAUCAACUCAAGCUGCCGACACUCCUGCAGAAAUAUCUCGACUUGCUCCAUGAUUAGGCCAUACUGAUUUAAUUAUAAGGAUGACAUUCAGUGGGACCCGAAAAUUAAUGCCAAAAACAAGUUAGGCAAAGAAACUUCAUUGUGAAAUUUAAUUCUUCAGGAGGGUAAAUGACCGAAAAUAUUUUGCAGCUUCUUUGUAUGAUUUUUUUUUUUUUUGAGUGAUCUUUAUUUGCUCUCUGCCACCAAUGGGCCACAGCAAAGUAACAUAGACAUAGACAUACAUUCAACAAAACAAUGAAAUCAUGAUACUGUCUAUGGUCGCAAUUCUUUCGGGGAUGCCAUCCACUUAAUCAAGUCAGUUGGCCUAAAUCUGAACGUAGAGGGAAAAAGUGGAAAGUAUAAAUUCUUGUUUAUCAACUGGAUCUGUCAAAAGCCAAUCGUGAUUAGCCAAUAAACAAACUGGGAUGCUGAUUUCCUUAACUAUAACCAGUUUUAUACUGUACUUGAAUGACUGGUAUGCGUAGACUAGCCAAAAAUACACCAAAGAAACAUAACGCAGUGCUACCAGUUGUCGUGCGCUACUGAUUAUUGUAGUACACGUACUUUCGGUCUGAUCGUAUCCUCAUGUCAUGGUGUAAGCAAAGCUAGUUCUAAUACAGAGUGUACGAUGUUGUUUUUGUUCAGACAGAGAAACACUCACAGACCAUGAACUGAUAUUUCUCGCCAUGGGUUACAAAUUUUGCUCUGUCCGAGCAUUUUUAAGGUAAGUCACGUUUUCAAUAAAUUGGACGAUAAUUGUCCAAUUUGCUUUGAUUGUUGUGGAGUAAAACGCACAAACGCUUUGUCUUUCAAGCUUUUGUCACCGACUCAACCAAAUUGUGCUAAAACGUAUGAAACCAGAGGGUAUAGCACUCUUCAGAUCGAGCACUACUCUUAGUUUGGCUACUUGCGGAAAACGUGUCGCGUUGAUGACGUCACGUGGAAUUCAUGUCAAAACGCGUGCCUAGCCCAGUUCUGUUCCCAUACGCGUGUCUGUUAGGGAUAGUUGCGCAGCAUAUUCCAAACAUCAUAACGUGUGUAAACGUUUCAACGUUAGAUAGAAGCUUCGUUAGUUUCAGUACGCGUGGCAGUUCUCAUUACUUUCCGAUAUGUUUCAGCGCUAUGGACACUGAACACGGUUUCUGACAGGCUUCUGUCCCCACACCAAAACUUCAGUACUAUGGGCAACAAACUGUUGCUUCCUUUAACCACACUUUAGUACUAUGGAUAGGGCAUUAUCGUUUACUUGCCAACGCUUCUGUCCUGUGGACAGCACUGUUUCUGACUGGCUAGUGUUUCCCUCACCAACACUUCAGUACCAUGGGCAGCACACUGUUUCUGACUGGCUAGUGUUUCCCUCUCGAAGACUUCAGUACCAUGGACAGCACACUGUUUCUGACUGGCUAGUGUUUCCCUCACCAACACUUCAACACAAGCAGAUGUACCUAUAUAAGAGCUAGAAAUGGGGGCGACCGGCCACGAGGCGCAGUGAGGGAAGUACGUGGCCCGAGGUGCGUGUGAACAAAGUCCAUUUGUACAUCA